ACCUCACUCUAGUGCUCCAGGAGAUCCCACCACUGCUGUCCCCCCACCUGGUACCCCAGCCAGGCCUGAGAUCAUGAGGUGGCCACCAGCCGUGGCCCUGUUCCUGCUGCUGCUGCUGCGGUUUGGGACUCAGAGGACCAAGGCAUUGAGCGUCUGCGGACGCCCGAGAAGGUUAAACCGGAUGGUGGGUGGGCAGGAUGCCUUGGAGGGCGAGUGGCCAUGGCAAGUCAGCAUCCAGCGAAACGGAAGCCACUUCUGUGGGGGCAGCCUCAUCACGGAGCGGUGGGUCCUCACUGCAGCACACUGCUUCUCCAACACCUCCGAAACAUCCCUGUACCGGGUCCUACUGGGGGCACGGCAGUUGGUGAAGCCGGGGCCACAUGCCACAUAUGCACAGGUGAAGAGGGUGCAGAGCAACCCCCUAUACCAGGGCAUGGCCUCCAGUGCUGAUGUGGCCCUGGUGGAGUUGGAGGCACCUGUGACCUUCACCAAUUACAUCCUCCCUGUGUGCGUGCCUGACCCCUCAGUCGUCUUUGAGACAGGCAUGAAUUGCUGGGUCACCGGCUGGGGCAGCCCCAGUGAACAAGACCGCUUGCCUAACCCUCGAAUCCUGCAGAAACUCGCAGUGCCCAUCAUUGACACACCCAAGUGCAACCUACUCUACAGCAAAGAUACUGAGUCUAUCUUCCAGCCUAAAACCAUCAAGGAUGACAUGCUGUGUGCCGGCUUCGCUGAGGGCAAGAAGGACGCCUGCAAGGGUGACUCGGGGGGCCCUCUGGUAUGCCUCGUGGGCCAGUCGUGGCUGCAGGCUGGGGUGAUCAGCUGGGGUGAGGGUUGUGCCCGCCGGAACCGCCCAGGUGUCUACAUCCGGGUCACCUCCCACUAUGACUGGAUCCAUCGCAUCAUCCCAGAGCUGCAGUUCCAGCACGCCAGGUCGGGCGGCCAGAAGCGGGGCCCCAGGGGGCAGCAGCCCCGUGAGCAGAACUCUGCACCCUGCCUGGCGGCGCACACCAUCCUCCUGGUGCUUGCAGCCCUGCUCUCUGGCUUCUGAGCCUUGUUCAGGCAGGUGGGCGAGUGCAGCCCCGGAGUCCACAUGUACAUUUGUAAAUAGCUGAUUCUCUUUACUCAAAUGUCCAGUUAUUUUUAUUUAUGUUCACCAUCCAAUAAAAACCCAAACUCAGUG